AUGUCGAAUUUGUCAAAGCUUGAGUUUGUGGCACUUGACAUUUCUGGAAAGAAUUACCUAUCAUGGGUUCUCGAUGUUGAGAUUCACUUAGCCGCUAAAGGUCUUGGUAACACCAUUACUCAGGGUAAUGAGGCAUCAAGCCAAGGCAAAGCGAAAGCCAUGAUUUUCCUUCGUCAUCAUUUGGAUGAAGGUUUGAAGGUUGAAUAUUUGACAGUGAAAGAUCCACUUGAAUUGUGGACUGGCUUGAAGGAAAGAUAUGAUCACCUUAAGGCAACGCAGCAAUACCAUGAAAGGGGUUUCAAAAAGCAUUCUGAAUUGAUCUCAUGCCUUCUGGUGGCUGAGCAACAUAAUACCCUUUUGCUGAAAAAUCAUGAAGCCCGUCCCACAGGGUCAGCUCCGCUUCCUAAAGCGAAUAUGGCAGCUAGACGUGAUAAGUCUUGA